CUCUUGAGAGGUGAGAUAGAAUUACAAGUUAGAGAAACCUUGUGCUGUUGUGUCCGAAGAUGUGUGCACGAGUGGUGGCGAUUACGAGAAGGGAUUUAAUCAACGGCAGGAACAUUUCUGGCCGUUUGAUCCCCAAGAGGGGUCAAGUGAAGUUGGGAAUUGUGGUGGGUUUGUUUCAAAGUGUCUCCUCUCUCUUCUCCUCCAUCACUACACGAUGUGUUCACUUAUCUUCCUCAAUUCUUUGACCAUUAUCGAAGAAAUUAAGGAUCAUCAUCAUGGGAGGGGUUUUCCUCCUUCACCCCUUUGGAUUUGUACAAACCUCGUAGUCAUAGUUACUUUAUUUCUUCACUAAUUGGAAACUACUUUCUUUCUCAAAUCUCAAUACCAUUCUAACUUUGUAACUUGUGUACUUAUCUUAAUUAGUGAUCGUGUAAAAUUUGUUCUACGUUCAUACAUGUUUUCGUCCCAUUUUCAGUUUAUCUAUAUAUGGCAAUUCAAACUAAAAUUAUCUUGCUAUCUCUUUGGAUAUUUUUAGUUUCUUGUAAUAAAAAUAAUUACGUUUUUCAUUCAUGGUAUUAGCGAUAUAUUUUGAAACAGAUAGAAUUAUGAUUUUUUUUAUUAGUACUGACUGAAUUAUGAUGUUAGCUUUUUUUUAUAUUUUUUUAUAGGAAAUAUAACAAAAUGCAUUUAGUUUUAAUUCAUGGUUAAUAAUUUAAUACAAUCAAGGAGGAAUUUUCUUGCAUGUGAUGUAAAGCCCUUUUGCAAGUAAUUAAAGUUCUUUUUGGUUUGGUGAGCAUAAGAACUAAAUUUCUAAACAUGUGCACUGUGCAGUAAAUUUCUAAACAUGUCAUUAGUAUUAGGGUGCUCACAUUCUAUGAUGGGCUGGAAGUUGUUACCAGGCCCAACCGUGAGAAAAGAAGGCCUUUAUGGCUUAAGGACUAUGUGACUAAGUGAUAUUUUAGCUAUUGCAGGAAAUACUUCUAGAAUAAUCUUUUUCUUUAGAUGUUUGCCACUUGUACGGUUCUCCUUGACUAUAGGGAGAUAUUUUCUUUUUCUUUUUCAUGAUAUAUGAAAAAAUUGAGCUUGUUCUCUAUUCUCUUUUGUGAAUUUUGUUGCUUUCCUCUUAACUCUGCUGUAAUUCUUCUUUGGUGGGAUUUUCCUCCUACCAAAUUGGUGCUUUCAUUCUCUAACCAUGCCUCCUACCCAAUCCUAUACCCCUGAUGAUGUUGUUUCUGCCAUUAAUGACAGAGUUUCUGCCAUGCACACAAAACUCUCUCAACGGCAGGACCAACUUCAGCAAUCUUUGUCCUUAAGCCAUGAAUCACUCACUCAUUCUCUCGCUAUUAUGAUGGAAAAAUUAAAUAAUCUCUCCUUACAACAAUCUACCAUUCCUCCUCACCCACUCGCUGGUUUUUCCUCUCGUCCUGCCUCUUCACUCACCAAAACCCCAAAAUUAUCCCUCCAACCCUUUGAUGGUAAGGAACCAUUAGACUGGAUUUUUCAUGCUGAACAGUAUUUUAAAUUGUACCAGGUUCCUCAUGAGCAACGUAUUAAUUUGGCGACCUUUGCCUUCCAAGGUGAGGCACUUGGUUGGUACCGUUAUCAGUACAAUAAUCAUUUGCUAGGGUCAUGGGAUGAGUUUACUCGGGCUUUACAGAUCCGGUUUGGCCCAUCUUCCUAUGAAAACCCCCAGGCCGAAUUAUUCAAGUUAAAGCAGAUCACAACGGUGGCAGACUAUCAAACCAGAUUUGAAAGAUUGUGUAACCAGGUUGUUGGUUUAUCUCCUGAAACUAUUCUUAAUUGUUUCUUAUCUGGUUUAAUUCCUGAAAUUGCUCGUGAGUUAGCUGUUUUUCGGCCCUAUUCUGUUUCUCAGGCCAUUGGUUUAGCAAAAUUAGUUGAAAGUAAAUUACAUGAUGCUAAAACCCCAACCCCACGCCCACACCGCUUUACCCCAUUUUCCCCCACACAAACAGCACCUCCACAUAAAACUACCCCACCACCCAUUCUUCCAAAACCCACAAACACACUCCCUAUUAAAAAAUUAACAGCUACCCAAAUGCAUGAAAGACGAGCACAAGGCUUAUGUUAUAAUUGUGAUGAAAAAUAUUUUCAAGGUCACCGUUGCCAACCUAAACAGUUUUUAUUGCUACUGGUGGAUGAUCCUACUGAAACUCUAGAUGACAGUACUCCCUUGGAUGACAAUAUUGAACCUACUGAACCGGAUCCCAUUCAUUUUCAAUUAUCAAUCCAUGCCCUCCAAGGACACCCAUCCCCUCGUACUCUUAAAUUUCCAGGGACUAUUUGUGGUCAAUCAGUGAUGGUUCUCGUUGACACUGGCAGUUCGCAUAAUGUGAUGCGUCCUAAAUUGGCAAAAUUCCUCCACUUGCCUAUUACAUCUACACCUAAAUUCCCUGUUAUGGUUGGAAAUGGGGAACAUAUUUUCUAUGCUGGCCUGUGUCCUAACAUUCCCUUGUGCAUUUUUGACCAUACAUUUCAUAUCCCUUUUUAUUUAUUGGAUAUUCAGGGAGCUGAUAUUGUUUUGGGAAUUGAUUGGUUGCGCACUCUGGGCACCAUUUCUUCUGAUUUUUCUGUGCCAUCAAUGGCUUUUCAACACAAUGGCCACACUAUUACCCUCACUGGCCAACCUCUCCUUGUACCUACCCCAGCAACCCUUCAUCAAAUCCACCGCUUAUUGCUUACUGACUCUGUGGCCCAAUUUCACACACUAACCUUUUAUGACCCUACCCAUAUCCCACAUGACCCACAAGUUACCCCGUCCACCCUUUUAGCCAUGGACACCCCACCCCUUUUACCCACCAACCUACAUCCUGACUUAUUAAAAUUGUUGGAGGAAUUUCACCAAGUUUUUACUCAACCACAUGGCCUUCCCCCACCUAGACCACAUGAUCACCACAUUACCCUUUUACCUCAAUCCCAGCCAGUUAAUGUUAAACCAUACAGAUACCCCCAUUCCCAAAAAGAAGCUAUGUCUACCAUUUUAUUUAACAUGUUACAGGAAGGCAUAGUUAUUCCUAGCACUAGCCCUUAUUCUUCACCCGUUUUACUAGUUCGCAAAAAAGAUGGUUCAUGGCGCUUUUGUGUUGAUUACCGUUCCCUUAAUUCCAUUACCAUUAAAAAUCGUUUCCCUAUUCCUACUAUGGAUGAAUUACUUGAUGAGUUGGGUAAUGCAACAAUUUUCACAAAAAUAGAUCUGAGAUCAGGUUACCACCAAAUUCGAGUUGUUCCUGAAGAUACACAUAAAACAGCAUUCCGAACAGUUGAUGGCCACUAUGAGUUUUUGGUUCUGCCUUUUGGGCUCACCAACGCACCAACAACAUUUCAAGCUGCGAUGAACGAUUUUCUAAGGCCCUACUUACGUCAAUUUGUUCUAGUUUUUUUUGAUGAUAUUCUUAUUUAUAGCCCCACUUUCACUGAUCAUUUAAUUCACUUACGCUUAGUUUUAAAUUUGUUACUUGUUCACCAGUUUUAUGCAAAGUUAACUAAGUGUGAAUUUGGAGUUACUUCUGUUGGUUACUUAGGCCAUGUUAUAUCCAGCAAAGGUGUUGAGCCAGACCCAUCAAAAAUACAAGGUAUUUUGGAUUGGCCUAGCCCACGUUCUCUCUCGGAGUUGAGGGGUUUUCUCGGCCUCUCCGGCUUCUAUCGACGAUUUGUUCGUCACUACGCCACACACGCCGCUCCUCUCACCGAUCUUUUAAAACAAGGGGCUUUUACAUGGAGUGAUACAGCAGAUACAACAUUUAAAAAAUUAAAGGAGAUCAUGACUUCCACCCCGGUACUCAUGCUGCCCAAUUUUGAAGACACCUUUCAUGUUGAAACUGAUGCAUCGGGCAUUGCCAUUGGUGCCGUCCUCUCGCAGUCUGGCCAUCCUAUUACUUUUUUUCUCCAAAAAGUUGUCCACUCGCAUGCAACAUUCCUCUACUUAUGUCCGGGAGAUGUUCGAUGUGACAGAAGCAGUAAAAAAAUGGCGUCAGUACUUGAUUGGGCAAAAAUUUCGCAUCUUCACAGACCAACAGAGUUUAAAGCACCUAAUGACUCAGACUUACCAAACUCCAGAACAACAAAAAUGGGCUACUAAACUAUAAGGUUAUGACUACGAAAUAUUUUACAGACCU